CCAUUUAUUUUGACUGAUAAUUACAUUGUCAUUAUGACACUAAAAUUUGCUUCAGCUGAAAAAUUAGUCAAAACGACAGAAAUCAGGGAAAAAAUGAUAAUCAGCUAAUUUGUUGUAAAUUCGUAAAAAAUCAGAGAUCAUUAUCAAAUCAACGUGAAACGAAGGAAAAAACGGUAUUUUUGAUUUGGAAAUGGCAUCAAAACGAAAAAUGACAUCCAGUUCAACGAACAUGAACUUUCGUCCGACGGGAUAUGAUCCACAACGUCAAGAUACAAAAGGCACACGACCGACAUCGAAUCCGACCACCGUACGUGAAGUUCUGCUUCAAGUGCUAAUGUUUUUGUGUAAAAAAAUCAUAUUCUUCGAUGUAAAUCUCAAAGUGGCUUUAUAUUUGGGUAGUUUAUUUUUAGUGUCAUUAAUCGGUGACUUUGCACCAUAUCCAAAAACGUAUUUUGCGCGAUCUGAUAACAUUUUCAAUGUUUACUUUGUGAAAUGGGGUUGGGCAUGGACAUUAGUAUUAAGUGUACCAUAUCUCGUAUUGACGUCAUUCAUUUUAUGUUGUGGAAAUCGAGGGAAACUAUUCAAAGAGCAUUUACCGCGCAUUGUAAUUGCAACAUUUUUCUGGCUUACGUGGACCAAAGCAUUUAACUUUAUCGAAACAAUGUACGGACGAUGCAAUGCAAAAGGUGUUGAUACAAAAAUUGCAUGUUUGAAAGGUGGCCACUUUUGGCAUGGAUUCGAUAUAUCUGGUCAUGCAUUUAUAUUGAUUUACUCGAGUUUGGUGUUAAUCGAAGAGGCAAAACCGAUCAUCGGCUGGGAAAAUAUCAAAGAACAUCUACGAAAUGAGGAUCAUAAUCGAAAUACACGUGAGGAUUCAUCAUCGAAUCCAUUACGAAAUCUUGAAGACGAUGAAUUUCAAACCGUUAAAGAAAUGUAUGAAAAAUAUACGCCAUUAAUUCGAAUUUUAUUCAUUUCAAUGACUGCCUUACAAUUGUUGUGGGACGUAAUGUUGGUAUGCACAAUGCUCUACUAUCACAAAAUGAUCGAAAAGGUGUUGAGCGGAAUAUUUGCAAUUCUCACAUGGUUCUUUACAUAUCGUGCUUGGUAUCCAGCCCAUUCACUGCUACCGAAUUCGGUUGGCCAUGGUAAAUUUCUGUAUCAAAAAGUAAAACCGCAACCGGCCGUACCGUUUCGAAAACAAUCUCUCAACUAUGGCAAUGCGGGACCAUCAAAUCGAUCAAACGAUGUGCCGAAAUUUAUGGGAAUGCCAAUUUAUCAACAAAAACCCGUCACCGUGACUACAACCGAAUAAAUCCUCAAAGAACAAAACAAAUCUUAGUUCUUAGCACAUCCGGUGAAUGGUUCCCGAUUGUUUUUUCUCAAGAAACAUAUUUUUUUUUUUGCUUAAUUUAUACUUAGGUUUAAAAUUUGAUUGGGAAACUUAAUGGUGCCGUUUCAAACAAGAUUCAAUUGAUAUUUAACUGCAUUUUUUUAUCGAAUGCUAAAUGCUUUGGAAUAUAAGUUAAAUUGUUAAAACAAAACUACUCACUCACUUCAAUUAACAGAACUUUUUUUUUCUAUUAACAUUAGUGUUCUACAUAGUAUACAUAUAAAUGUAAUUUGCGCCUAUGGGAAUGUUUGUUGAGUGUCCUUUUUGGUCGAUUGUUAAACAUAUUUUUGUAAAUAAAGUCUAAACAUCAAAUGGAAAUAAAGCGAAAAAAUCAACGAAAAAAAUGGAA